AUGACAGGACCAAAGGUUUUGGUAGUUGACGACGACAGCGCGGUGCGUGCUGUCGCUGGUGAAAUGCUCAAGCGUAGCAAUUACCAGGUUACCAGCGCCGAUAGCGGCCAGGCUGCUUUGGAUAUCCUGCGGGACGAUCAUUUUGAUCUGAUUCUGUUGGAUGUCGGUAUGCCGGGUAUGUCCGGCGUGGAGGCCUACCAGCAAAUACGGCAGAGCCUGCCGCAGCAGAAAAUCCUGUUUAUGACCGGUUAUGCAGAAGAUGACAUCACAGACCUGGCCAACCCCAAUACCCACAUUCUGCCAAAGCCUUUCUCGCUUAAACUUUUCAACGACACCAUCUCCGCAAUUAUCUGA